AUGCUUCUUCAUAUUUUCUAUUCGCUCGCCGUCGUCCUGAAUGCCGGCGUUGACGGCCGAAUCAAGGAGCUGCUCGGCGAGAAGACGAUCGAGGUCAAUACGACGCAGGAGGCGGUUCUCGAUCUUUCGAAUCAUUGGAUUGAGCAGGCGUUCUCCGCGCUGUUGGCGACGGUUGCACAGGAGAAGGUCAACGAGGUCCCGCAUUUGGAAAUGAAGCUUCACGAGAAAUGCGUCAAGUCGAUCAAAACGAUCGAGGCGCACGCGAAAUGCGUCAGCGAAAUAUUGGAUGUGUCGCGUUUGCACAAAAAUCGAGAAGCUGGCGUGAGGAGAAUGGUGCACGAAAUGCGUCAGGCGAACAGCAACAGCGAAUGGAUCGGCAGUUUUCGGGUCUCGCGACGAAAACGGCAUAUCGUCGUGAAUCGCGAUUCAUACACGUUGAAGAGCUCGUCGCCGUUCUCGAAAAUCGCCAAGACGAUCGUGAAGACGGUGAGGAAUCUGAAGAACAAAAAGGAGACGAGGAAUUGGCGUCAGAUUAUGGUCGACGUGAAACAGACGGGCGAGAUCAUCGAAAAACGAAAAAAAGUGAGAGAAAUGCUCUCGAAGAGCAUCAGAUCGUCGCGACCGCGACGGAUUCUUCUAAGCCCGCGAGACGAGUUCCGAAAUGAUGAAUCCAUGUCGUUUCAACGUCCUCUAGCGGUACGAAAUGACAUCGAUUCUGGUGAAGAUGAGGUCCGCUCAAAAACGCCCGUCGACGCCGAGAAGCUGUUCCAUCAGAUUCAAGAGCAUCCGGAGACGAUUCUCAGCGAUGAAGCGCCGAACGCUUUGAAUAUGACGACGAGCGAGCAGGAAUCGAUUCUCAAAAUCAAAUUGAUACGCGAAGCCGUGAAAAUGGGAUUGUCGCUUACCGGACAGAAUGUGACUGGAAUCGAUCAUAAGAAUAUGCGGUUCGCUUCGCCAAGAUUCUUUGCAAUCGCUCCGGAACCCCACAAAACUGAUAAUGAUAUGAUCAACAUUUUAUCGCCAUCGUUAUUCAGUCUGCACGACGAAGGAACCGAAGACGAGCGCAACACCUCACUUCACAAACUUUUGUCGCUGCCAACCGGAAGCAGCGACAAGGACGCCUGGAUCGAUAUGCUAACCGAGAUCACAGGCAUCGCCGAUAGCGUCGACGACGCGGCCAAGAAAGUGUCGCAACAAUCCGACGGCGUUCUGAUGAACGCUAAUGGCGAAGAGGUGGCGGUGAGCAAAGAGAAUCUCAUCGAGACCUAUGGUGCUGAGAACUAUCGCAAAAUCAAGACGCUUGAGAAGUUGCACCAAAUGUACACACCGGAGCAGCUGGAACAUUUCAACACGACCGGUUACGCGGUGAUGACCGAUGAGCAACGAGAGAUGGUCUAUGGAAAAGGAUCGCCGUUCGAGAAUCCCGUGACGUAUGAGGCCGGAAAGAAUUUGACGAUCGGCAAGGCGAAGCGAGCAAUGCAUUCGAUGAUUCGCGAAAUCGGCAAAGGCAAUCUGAAAAUCGACAAGUAUGAUAAACGAAUGAAGGACAUCGUCGCCUCGCCGGUUCUGUUCUCCUCGAUCAUCGGAAACGCCGCCCUCGCUUCGCAGCCUCUCAUCCUCUCGCCGGUCCUGUUCACCUCAAUUGUCCUCUCGCCGUCCAUCUGGGGAGCCGUCAUCCUCUCCCCUUGGGUGUUCGUGCCCGUCAUCCUCGCCCCUCGAAUUCUUGCCCCGAUCAUCGUCUCGCCGGCCAUCUUCUCGCCGAUCGUCCUCUCACCUCUCGCUCUCGAUCCUCUCGUGCUGGUCCCCGGCGUCGGCAACCCUGUCGUCCUUUCGCCGUUCAUCCUCACGCCUUUCAUCCUCUCCCCUCAGGUGAUGACACCCAUCAUCCUCACACCAUUCGCCCUCUCACCAUUCAUCCUCACACCCACCGCAUUAUCCCCGUUGAUUCUGAGCCCCUUCGUGCUCUCCCCUGCCAUUCUGUCGCCCUCAUUCGCCACCGCUGUCAUUUUAUCGCCAUACGCCUUAUCGCCAUCGAUUCUCAGUCCGCCGACAAUGAUAUCAGUGUUCGCCUCGCCCAGCAUUCUUUCAUAA